AUGUCUAUGCCUUCAACUCCAAAUAUAAAUGAUGAUGAAACUACUUUUGAUAUCGCGAAUGAAUCAGCAAAGAAUAUUAAUGAUGAAAUGGAUUUCAAACAAUCUUCUACGCAAGAUGAAUUUUUUUCCUUUAUAAAUUUAAAUGAUAAUAUUGAACAUAUAGAAAACAAUUCUGAUGAUAAUUCUUCCGAAACGGAUUCUUUUGAUGAAUUAAUACAUAUUGAAGAUAAUGAAGAUAUAUGUGUAGAUACUGAGGACUCAGAUGAUGAAAAUGAGAUUACGAAAAUUAUAAUUGAGAAAAAUAAUAAAAUAUGUCAUUUCACUUGUGCAAUUAUGGUUAUGGAUCCAAAAACUGAAGAGAUUAAUAAAUGCCAAAACCCAAGUAUUCGGAAAUUAUGGCAGUUAGUCAAAAUUUGGGAAAUUAAUUCAGAAUCUGUUAAAAUAGGAAAUGCUAGAUCUAGUAAACUUAGUGUUUGUAAAACACAUUUUAAUUUAGAUCAGAACUUUCAUGAAACAGAUCAUAAAGCAAAAAUAUCAACAGAACAAUCUAUGAUUACGAUUAGAAAAUGUCUUUUUUACAAUUUAGAUAUUUAUAUUAUAUCUUGUGAAAAAUUAUGUUAUUCUCAUUCUU